AUGGUGUCGGACGCCAGCAAGAAGAAGGCGGUGCAGAAGAAGGCCGCCGCAGCCGCCAAGAGGGGCGCCAAGGUCCCCGCCUCCUCCGCAUCGUCUUCCGCCUCCAACAACAAGACGGGGGCCAAGGCCGCUGCCGACGCCCUCGCCGCCGUCCAGCUCGCGGACCGCACCUGCACCGCCGUCCUCACCUCCCACCAGCUCUCCCGGGACAUCCACAUAGAGUCUCUCACUUUAACAUUCCACGGCCACGAUCUACUUGUAGACACAGACCUGGAGCUCAACUACGGCAGGCGCUAUGGUUUGCUUGGUCUGAAUGGCUGCGGCAAGUCCUGCCUUCUCAAAGCAAUAGGGUGCAGGGAGCUUCCUAUCCCUGACCACAUGGAUAUAUACCACCUCAGCCAUGAGAUCGAGGCUUCAGACAUGUCUGCACUUGGAGCCGUCAUUAGCUGUGAUGAAGAAAGGGUCAAGCUCGAAAAGGAAGCUGAAGUUUUGGCUGCUCAAGAUGAUGGCGGUGGUGCAGCUUUGGAGCACGUAUAUGAGCGGUUAGAAGCAAUUGAUGCAUCCACCGCUGAAAAGCGUGCUGCUGAGAUUUUGUUUGGCUUAGGCCGAAAUGCUAGACAGAAUGCCUGGCUGUUGGAACAGCCAUACUGGAGAACCUGUUGGUCCGCUGACCACAAAAUCACCAUGAAUAUAGUAAUAAUAUUGCUGGCGAUUCUGUGGCAACAUUUGCAGAUCUUGAGGCAUGCGUGUGGCUGGAAGAAACGCUGA